AUGCGUUUCUCCAAUGCGGCAGGCUUCAAGGAGAGUAUGAACCGUCGACCCUGGUAUUCCUCUGGUGAACAGAAUGCGGCUGCACCAGAUGCUAUGCCGGAAAAGAACGUAUGGGGAAACGAGGACCCACUUCGCAGAGAACGAGAACAAGCCCGAAUGACUUCAAAUGAUCCCUUGGUGGCUAUGAAACGUGGGUUGUCUCAACUGAAGGCUUCCAAGGAGCAGAAGAAACGCUUGAACGAAGAGAAACAAAAGCAACUUAAUGCGCUCAGACCCUCGAAGACUUCAGACUUGAUGAGCCGACGCGAGGUGACAGUGACAAAGGAGAUCGCAGAUACUCUCACCGGCAUCAUCAUCAAGAUCGUCAUCGUCGUCAUCAUCACCGAGACAGGAGUCGAGAUCAGAAUCGGGACGGCGAUUAUUCACAUCGAAGAUCGCGUCACGAAUCGAGCCGGUCACACCGUCGCCAUCAUGAUGAGCGUCGUCGCGAUGAACAUUCGCGUCAUGAGUCGAGUCAUUCACACCGUCGCCAUCGUAAUGAGCCUCGUCGUGAGGAAGAUCCACAAACUUUAA